UGGAGGCUGAUCAUGAAUGAAAACCUCCUUCACAUCCAGCGUGGGGUGGGGCGGGGUGGGGUGGGGUGGAGGGGAUCGGAUCAGUGUCACCCCCAUUGUCCCGCCGUGGCAAAGUGGGCGGAUAGCAGUGUCUCCUCCUGCCCAAUGGCAGCCGCGAUCCUCGUGAGAGCGCAGAAGAGGCACUUUUCUGCCAUGCAGAAUCCCUAAAACCAUCAUCGCUCCGGCUCGGCUCGGAGAGCCCACAGCAGCGCGCGUCAAAGAGCCUCGGCUGCUGAGAGAUGUCAGAGCCAACCUCGGCGCACACACGGCCCUGCUGGGAGCUCGGAGCUGCGUAGGGAGCGCCGCGCAAGGAGAAUCUCUGGUGUCUCUCUCUCUCUCUCUCUCUCUCUCUCUCGAGCGGACAUAAAAGAGGGAAUAUACAUAUUUUUUAUUAUUUUGCCUACUUGUAUCGGCGUCGUCUCACUCCUGUCCGAGCGUGGCCAUUCGCUCAAUGUCAUCAUGAUCAUCAUCUCGUCGCGCAGUGUACUGCUGUCAGUCUACUACCCGCAGAUCUUCCUGAUCCUGACGAGCGGAAGCUACCUGGCCCUGUCCUCGGUUGUGGCUCUGGGUGCCAACAUCAUCUGCAACAAGAUUCCGGGGCUGGCACCUCGCCAGCGGGCCAUCUGCCAGAGCCGCCCAGACGCCAUCAUUGUUGUGGGCGAAGGCGCCCAAAUGGGCAUCAAUGAGUGCCAGUACCAGUUCCGGUAUGGACGCUGGAACUGUUCGGCGCUCGGAGAGAGGACGGUCUUCGGUCAGGAGCUUCGAGUAGGCAGUCGGGAAGCAGCUUUCACCUAUGCCAUCACGGCAGCGGGGGUGGCCCACGCCAUCACGGCCGCCUGCAGCCAGGGCAACCUGAGCCAGUGCGGCUGCGACCGGGAGAAGCAGGGCUACUACAACCAGGAGGAAGGCUGGAAGUGGGGCGGCUGCUCGGCCGACAUCAAAUACGGCAUCGAGUUCUCGCGGCGCUUCGUGGACGCCCGGGAGAUCAAAAAGACGCCCCGCCGCCUGAUGAACUUGCACAACAAUGAGGCAGGCAGAAAGGUUUUGGAAGAAAGGAUGAAGCUGGAGUGCAAGUGCCACGGCGUUUCCGGCUCCUGCACCACCAAGACCUGCUGGACGACGCUCCCGAAGUUCCGCGAGAUCGGCUACAUCCUCAAGGAGAAGUACAACGACGCCGUGCACGUGGAGGUCGUGCGGGCCAGCCGGCUACGCCAGCCUACCCACCUCAAAGUGAAGCAGACGCAGGGCUACCGCAAGCCCAUGGAGACGGACCUCGUUUACAUCGAGAGGUCGCCCAACUACUGCGAGGAGGACACGGCCACGGGGAGCGUGGGCACCCAGGGACGCCUGUGCAACCGCACGUCGCCGCACACGGACGGCUGCGACCUCAUGUGCUGCGGCCGCGGCUACAACACGCACCAGUACACCAAAGUGUGGCAGUGCAACUGUAAGUUCCAAUGGUGCUGCUUCGUCAAAUGCAACACGUGCAGCGAGAGGACGGAGGUUUUUACCUGCAAGUAAAAGGCCGCAAGGAAUGUCGUCAUCGGCGGGCGAAACGCCAAGGACUAGUUGAACAAAGACCCGACAGAGCGAGAUGUCCGCACGUCUUCGAGCAGUGAGAGAUUGUAUAGCUAAGCGAAUGGGAUUUAACACUAUCAGCUCUUCGUGGCGUCGUUUUGCACAGCAGAAUCUUAUCUAAUUGCUUUUCAGAAAGUAAUUGCUAAGUACCAGUAGAUCAUAGCCCAGAACUUUGCUGUCAGAUAGGGAUUUGUGCUCUUGUACUGAUGUAUCCACAGUGAAGUUGGGACCACCCGUAAGGAAGAAGGCGGCCCUCGGAGGGGACUGGUGCUGCAGUCUGGUGGGGUUUGAGGGCGGGGGAGGAAUACACGCGUCGGUGUUUGGGAGGACCUCAAGAGACGGACGAGAAUGACAAAAAAUGGCCACAGCUGAUUUGAGGUGACUGGGGGGGGGGGAAGAUCUGUCAAAUCUAUGAUUUAAAGAAAAAAAAACAAAAAAACAACUUUUAUAGAUCUUGUUGCAUCUCCGCUAAACGGGAGCUUAACUGAAUCUCGACCCGCACCCUCCCAGAUUGUCUGGGGCCGGUGUCAGAGGCCGAGAAAUGAAGAACAUGAUGUAAAAGCGUGGUGCAAUGUGUUGCACCAAAGUUUCGAGUGGGGAACUCUGUCAAACCCUUUGCUGCCAAAUGGAAUACGGUGGAGAAUGUUAGUUUUCCAGUUACACUGGAACUGUCUGUUCUGAACACUGAAAAUAAAUUGUCUAUUUAUGUUAUAGUAUCUUAAAACAAAAGCACUAACGGGUAGAGAUGUCUUUUUUUGUACUAAAUGUAAUAAGAAAUACAUUUUUAGAAACUAUUAGGAGGUGACCACGUCGUUUCUAAAACAUUAUCUUUUAGAAAAGGAAAGGGGAGAAGAAAAGAAAAAAAAAAAAAAGCUUUCAUUGCUACUGUUGUGUUGACAGCAAAAUACAUAAUUCCCGACUUUAUAGUUUGAAGUUUCUUUUUCUUUCAUUUCUACGCCGAUGUCUGAAAAUUCACGGUUUCAUUCGGGGAGGAGUGUAGUUAGCAGAAAAAGAAUCGCCACCGGAGCAUGGUAAAUAAACAAAACUGCACAAUCACGCAAGGUUUUAUAUUUUAAACGCGGUGGGUGUGGAAUUACAACACAAAGCAUCGCAGAAAAAUGAUUUGUUUCACUCCUUCAGUGAUGAAGUGAAACCCAAACGAUUUGUCCUCAGGCUCCUCACAGAGUCGCACAUUUCAAGCGUUCAUUUUUGCAAAUAUUAAAGAUUAUAUCACAAUAUCUGAGUGUUGCAUGGAACCAAUGUGUAAAAUAUCUUAAAUCCAGAAAUGUUAGACAAUAAGAAAAUCUGACAGUGGCUUGACAUCCUCCACUGGGAGAAAAACACAUCACUGCUAAGGUUGUGCUUGGAAGGUUGAGUGGUAGGAAAAAGUGCAGCAACAAAAAGAGCACAGGCAUUUGGGAUGACCGCAGCCUUAAAAAGAUUGUAAAAACAACGCCGGUUCAAGAGUUUGGGUGCAGAAAUGACAUGCUGAGUCAUUUGUACUUGAUGACCAAUGGCUGUAACUUUGGCUAAGGAAAGAAAAUAAUGACUGGACUGCUGCUCAGAUGGUCAAAUGUCCUUUAGAUGGAAAUAGAUUUUAAUAAUCUGGAUCAGAGCCUCCAUGGCAACAGCAAUUCAAGCCAAAGUGGACACGGAGAAACGCAUACUACAAAAAACAUAGAAAUAGAUUUUAAGUGGGAUGACGUUUCUGAAUAACACGCACACAAAAAAUAAUCGAUUUUAUUGGUCUUAUAUUCUGCUUUUCUGGAUUUGGUGUUUUUACAGCCUUCGCAGUCAGAUGAUUUUAUUAAUCCAGACAAUGGUAUUAAUUUCAGGAAACUUCAUUUAUUGUUUUUAUCGUAGCAUUCUUGGUCUCAUCGGAAUACCAAAAUAUAGCAAACCAGUGCAGAACAUGCACUUCAGAUGUUGGAUCUACUCAAAUAAUAAAGUCUAAACAAUUUAAUUCAACUGUAUUUAAAUUAUUUUACGACUACAUAUUUGUACUUUUUUUUUUUUGCAUAUUGGAGUUUUUGACACUGAUUUAACCUGAUGUUAAAGGUUUAGUGUGAUGUAGUAUGGGAUAUUUUAAUAUUUUAAGUUAUGUUCAUACAUUUUUGAGGUGUAGCUCAGAUGAAUGAAUUAUAAUGUAAAUGAUAAAAUAUAUAUACACCUUAUAAAUGACUCACUGAUUCACCACAACAAUCAUAUUCCCAUUUCUUUUCAAAUUGCUUUUCAAGCAGCACACAAAAAACAAACCAUGUUUGUUGAAAGAAGGGAUUAUUUUAUUUUUCUACAUAUUAAAAAAAAAAAAAAGAUGUUCCUUUGAUUUAAUGAUGAAGUGCUUCAUGACACACAUACACAGGAUUAUCCUGCAACCCAGUGGAGUCAGAACUCCACAUUCUUCUUUUAUUGCUUUUGCAUGUCCGUACAAGACAUUUUGUCUUCGGUGUUUAGUUGCCAGUUUCGACUGUUCCAACAAGCUUCCCAAGCUAUUAUUUGCAUAAAUUUUUCCCUCUUUGAAGGAAAACACUCAUAGACACCCGCACGCAGACACACACACCCCACACACAACUGGCAGACAGUUUGGGGAAGCAUAAAUCAUUAAAAAUUAAACCUAAAUAAAUCAGGCAUUCAGCUGACAGCAAUGUUAUUUUGUACACAGCAUAUGUUCGUAAUAUGCUGCGGUCGUACGUCCUGAUUGUGGUCCGCGUGGAAGGAGUAGUCAUUUUUUUCUCUCCCUCUCUGCUCGUGUGUAGAAAGGUCUUCAUCUCUAUGAAAUGCGAUCAGAAUCACAAUAACGAUGAACAAUAAGCUCAGAUAAUGGGAACCAACUGUCACCGACGAGCACGAAACACGGAUGGAAACAGAAUCUGGGUAAAUUCCUCCGAUUGUCGCAAUUCUUUUUCUAUGAGAAACUGAUAUUGAACAAAAAUUUCUAAUUGAAAAGAAAAAAAAAAAAUGAAAAGACGUUUUACUUUUUCCCCCCCCUCAAUGUCUCGCAGUUAGAAAUAAAAUUUGUUCCCCUAUUUGCCAGAAUAAUAAUCAAACAAUUUAUUCCUAUCUUCAAAGUCAGAUGUUUAGACAGAUUUGAUUACUUAAUGCAAAUAUCUUUAUAGUGCACGUCUUGGGUGAAACGUCUUUGCUACGUUGCCGCCAUCUUGUCGCAGUAGUUUCCCUCCUUACAGAAGAACUGGUGUGACUCGGUGUGACCGAGUCGGGUUUUUACGACUCUCUUCAGCUCCGUCCCAAAAUGUUCCUCGUGACCAAGACUGUAGGUUUUCAACAGCCUCUUAAACAACACUGACUUUACCGUGAAUAAUCUUUGGUGGGAUACUCGAUACUUGCUUUUGCUAGAUCCAUUCGUGCCUGAGCUCGAACUUCCCGGACAAAUGCGUUGAAUAUUUUCCCAUGGAGUGCACCGGUUCCCUCCUGUGGUUCAACACACAACGUGAUGCAGCCCCAUCUGAACGUCACAAUGCGAGGCCGUACUCAGGCGAUUCCCCCCCCCCCUCAAAUCUAACAAUGGACAUCAUGAGACCAAGCACCUUUUUUUGUUUCUUACUUUCAGAGUGAAGAGUGGAUUCUGCUUUUUCUUAUGUCGCUUUCGAAGUAAUGGCUUCUUCCUGUCUGAGCGGCCUUUCAGCACAUGUUCGCACUGAACUCGUCUCACUGUGGAUUACGGCUCUCUCUGACAGUAUGGAGUCUUUUUGCUUUUGCCUCGCUGUCAGUGCACACGUUUAAAACCAAAACACGUUCCUCCCGUCUUCUCCCUAAACAGAAUGAUGGCUGGGUUUUUAUGUCACACAUUUCAAACAAGUAAGCAGGUGUGCCUAAAAAUAUACCGGCAAGUUCUUCUUAAUUUAACUCAGAUGUUUUUAAUUCAAUUAUCUUGGUGAUUCUAACUGAUCUAAUGUGAGAAAAGUAGCAUGUUUUUUGUUGUUGUUAGCAAAUCAUUUCAAAAUGGAGGUACACAACAUGACUGGUCAAAGCCUCAAAAUCUUUUUAUGCAACUACCGACAUUCCACGUCAGCCUUUAUCAAAACAUGACAUCCUUCGGUUUCAACCCCGUAAAUCCUAAACGUAGCGGCAACGACGGAAUGUGCAGUACCAUAAUUCAGCCACAGGUGGCGCUGUCUGAAAAAAUUCCAACGAUUUCUGAAAGGAGAGACGUUGCGCUUUCAAGCCAAUGUCGGGUUAUUACGGUAAUUUCACUCCCGCCGUAGCAGGGAGUGAAAUUAAUCUGAGGGUCAUUCUUUUAAUAGACGGUAAAUUGCGAAAAUAACCUGCUGGGAGCUAAAAGUUCCAGUUGUUGUGGAUAAAUGGGCAAAAAUAUUUACUCAUAGGACAUUUAAAGAACUGCGUACACAUACAAUUGAAAUAAGCAAGAAAUAUAUAUCCAGGCGGAGAUUUUAAAUUUAGGACAUAAAAGGAGUUAGGAAUAAAGACAAAUUAAAUAAUGAAAAUAAUAAUAAUAAUAAUAAUAGAGGAUUUUUCAUUCUGGCUCAGCACUAGAGUCCCGUGUUUACGGCUGGGCCCGACCGGAGCUCCUCUGAAUAAGAAGAGGACCUUUAUGCAAAUGAUCUGAUGUGAAUGGGAAGUGGCUCAGUGUGGCCCUUAUUUAAGGGGCACACAAAGAGACGUGUAAGACCUUUUGUGGGGGUGUUUGGGAGACGAAUGGGACGGCUCGGUGAAAGGAGGUGCAUGCGUAGCCGGAAACUGCGAGUGAAAAGAGCGGUUAUUUAAGAGAGGAGCUAAUUGAGGGCGUUUUUUUUUUUUUUCGGAGAAAGAGUGGGUACACUGUGCAAGUCGGGGCAGCUGUUGAGGCGACUUGGUUACUGGUCGAGAGAGCAGUUCAAAGAAAUUUAGGGGUGCCGUUAAAGUUAUUUACCGUGUUAAGGCCACUCUCUUGGGCAGCCGAAGGAGUUAAAAGAGUUUGAAAUUUCCUUUAAUUAGAUCCUUUUGAAAUCAAACAAAACGUUAUUGGUCACUUAACAUGGCACCUAAUUUCCCAUCCCAAGUUUCUGUUGUGUCUUUAAACUCUUUCUACGAUUCUGUGCGAGCCGCGCUGCUCCGUCCAUUCGUCCCCCCCAAUGUGCGUGUGAAAAGCAUUGUGGGUGGGCAGCAGAGCAGAAGUAAGAUGUGUUUUGUCAGUCGCCUGAAGCCCAGGGGACCGGAACCCCGUAAGCUCCCCUGCAUUGUGCCCGUGGUUGAGAACAACUAAAUCAGUUUGUUUCACAUUUUGCGAUUAAAAAAAUAUAUAUUUUAGACUAGUAAAAGCCAGCGUCUGUGGCGCACAGCCUCCAUCGUUGAUUUUAUCUGCAAUAUCAUUCACCUUCAGGAUUUUAAUUUCCUCAAUUCCGAGACUUGGGGUCCAAAUUUAUUUAUAUAAUCUUGUGACCGAGUGACAAUAUCCUGGGGAUGAGUUUGUGUUUACCAUGUUUGCACUAAAACGGCAUUACUGGGGGUCGUAGUUCAUAUUUCCCCAUGACUUGUCCACGUGUUAUCACUAAUGCUGUCAAGAGACAAAAAAAAAAAAAAAAAGUAAUUAAUCACAUUAUAGAGCGACAAUUAACCACAAUGCUUAACCUUCACAUUUUCGCAGUUUGAUAAAAUGUUCAUGAACGCUUUUUACUGUCUCACGCCAAAUAUCUCAGUUUUUCCAGGUUCUCAAAUUCAGAAAGUUUUUUUUUUAAGUCAUAUUUGUUUCAAACGCAAUUUAGAAAUUUUAACUAUAAACUGAUAUUUUUUUUACCUUAGUUCUAUCCCCAAUUUUGUUUUUUAAAAGUGAAAUUUUCCACUGAGAACAGCUGUCUUGACUCCUCGCUCAUCUUUUCACUGCCGUUUGCGACUCUGCGUUUUCUCAGUUGACCGCUGUGCUGUGAACCAAGUAGGUUUAACUUUUUUGAUUAAUCCCAUUAAUUUAUUUUAAAAGAACAAAUGUUUACGGCUGUAGUCAUCGCAUGCUUUUUGUUCCUUCGUCACAUUUUGUCAGAAUUAGCUCAUGCUGUAUGAACUUACUUUCAGCCAGCUGAUUGGCAGUCUGAAGCAUUAAACUGAAGUAGCAGUGUGUACAAACGUUUUAGAGGCUUGAAGUUGUGGUCCGUUGAAACCUUGUUAUAUCCCUGACACUGGAAUCUGGUUAGUCCUAAAAUAACUGGCUAGCUGUAACCCUUUUGGUCCUGUUUUUUUCAUUCCACUGUGUAAAAAAAAAAAAAUCUGUAAGCGUUCAUGGAGGCACAGCUGUGUUCAUGGCAUCUAUUAUUGCCCUCAUUUGACUUUUUUUUUUUGCACAUUUAAAAAUAAAGACAAACUAAAUAAAAACAACAAUAAGAUUCCAACGCGAGCUAAAAUCUGAGAUGAUCCGAAAAAACGUCAGCCCCAAACCGACGCCGAUGGACGCACAAUGCAGUGCGACCGCAGCACAGCCUGCAGCAAUUAAAACGGCGCAGUCUUUUCGUGUCAUGUGAUCAGCCUCAGAGCUGUUUCUCUGUGUUGCUAUAUCUUUGUUUUGACUGCUUGUCUUUGUGAAAGACCAUCAUUUGGAGGUUUUCUCGUCAUCUGUUUGAUAUUAGUGGUGAGGAACACAUGGCCAUUCAAAGGCAAAAAAAAAAAACAAAAAAAAACCCCUGCGUGACAUCAUAGACCACAAGGCAAAGUGGGGAUCAUGGAGACCCCAGGCUGAGGUCUGUUAACACAACCUGACUUUAUUCGUCCGUCUGCAGCUGGAUUGUUCAAACGUUGCACCAGCAGCGAGGGCUUUUCCGUCUCUGCGUGUUUUGUUUUCGCCGUUGCUGUUUGAAAUUGAAAAAUUCCUCCCGAUUUUAACGCUUGGGAUAACGCUUCAAGUGUUUUAUUCUGUAAACAGCUGUGCGUUUGAAUUUACCUUUUACAUAUUACACAUUGAAGCAAAUCACAGCUGUGUCUUCCUUAAGUCUAAUAACUGGUUGUAGUGCAUAUAAGCUGCUGUAAAUAACCUGAAACCGAGUAUUUAUCGUGCAGCGCACACUUAGACGUGAACAGUACUCAGACUGGGAUGUCCACCUGUUUAUGUUGGACUGGGAGAAUGAGCUGUACUUGUAAAAUGAGGUUAAUGCUCUUGCGGUGAAGCCUGCAGGCCUCUCAGCUACUGGGGAAGACGGCAUCAGCAGUAUGAGGCGGUGGGACGGAUCUUACCUCGGGCGCUGUCGUGUUUCUGUGCCUCCGGCUCGUUUUUCGGCCUUCCGGUAAACGCUCCGGGGCGUCCGCUCGCGUCACACGUCCGUCUAAAUGGCGCCUCUGUAGGUGCGAAGUGUUUUUAUUUGCGAGCGUCCAGGCCACGGCUUCACCUUGGAAGUUAUUUUUUCCCUACUCGGCUUUGUUUUCACGACUCGAGGUCGGGGCUUCGGAAAGCAAACUCCACCCUGGAAGAAAAAACAAGAAAAAACUACACAAGUCAUCGCUUUUCUUAGCAAUUUGUCUCCUUGCGCUACGACACAAAAAGAAGCAACAUUUUCUAGCGGUGUGAUGCAAACGGAUGAGUGAAAACUCGAGACUUUUUUGGCAACACGUUGAUCAAGCCACGGUGUCUACCGGAUUUUACAGUUGAUUGCUCAACAAUUCGCUUUUCCAAUCCGUGAUUAACUUCGUCUUGAGUUGAAUUUCACAUAUCGCUCAGACGCAGCGAAUAAUAAGUUGAAGCGAAAGCUAAGAUUACGAUGAAUUACCUCAGUCAAAACCAAAGAACCUCAGAAAGGCUCCAAGUUCUGCACUCUAAAUGAUCCUUUCUGAUAAAACAACAUCAAUAUGGUGAGCAGCUGAGACCGCAGAACUUGACACUCCACAGCUGCCAUUUGUAAAAUGCUGGUCUUCGGUUUUGUUAGGCUACACACAGCAUCAAAUGUUGUCCACACUAAUAGAAGGAGAAAAAAUAUUCCUGAAGCAGUUCAUAGCUUUUUGAUCGACUUCACUGCAGAUCUUCAAAGUAAGUUUUAUCACAACACAAUGGUGGGACCACAAAAACGAGAUUUCUGCUCUAUUUUUUGUAAAAAA